AUGGCUUUAAAAAGUGUUCCCAUGGCUCAGUUUGCCCCGGAGAACCAUUACCUGCACUACAUGUUUACAGCCCUGACCAAAGAAGAUGUAUUACCUGAGUACAGUGCUGUGGGUGUGGUUGAUGACAGACGGAUCUCAGACAACAGUAAUGAAGUUCCAGACUGGAUAAGACUGAUUCUGACUGCAGAUGACGAGACUGAUGCUCUUGUACAGCUAUGUGACUCUAACUGGUACAAACAUCAGCUAUACACUCUCUCGAACUGCACAAAGUGUUCUGAACUCCAUACAUUUCGGAGAAUAAUUGGUUGCGAAGUGGAGAAAUUUCCUGAUGGAACAGUGAAGAGUCUGAGAGCCUUUGAUGAAUAUGGAUUUGAUGGAGAAGAUUUUAUUACCUUUGAUUCUGACACUCUGCAGUGGAUUGUUAAAAGUCCCAAAGCCAAAGAAACCAAAAAGAAAUGGGAUCAGCAAACAGAACGAAACCAGUUCAUCAAGAAUUAUGUUGAGAAAUGCAUGGACUGGAUCUCCACAUUUAACAACACACAUGAGAAUUCACCUGAUGUUUACAUCUCUGCGAGGAGAGCUCCUGAUGAUCACAGUAAGCUGGUUCUGAGCUGUCUGGCCACUGGUUUCUACCCCAGAGAUAUUGAGAUGUACAUCAGAUUGAAUGAAUCUGUUCUUGACAACCAAACAUCUUCUGGAAUCAGACCAAAUGCUAAUGAAACAUUUCAGAUGAACACCAGUGUAGAGAUCGACAUAAACUACAAAGGAUCUUAUGACUGUUUUGUCAUUCACAGCAGUCUGACAGAACCAGUUUCAAUAGAAUGGGAUGGAAAAUGUUCUACAUUUGAAACAGAAUCUCAGUGGUCUGUUAUAGCAGUUGUAACAGUUUUAGUUUUAGUUCCAGCUCUCAUUGUGAUUCUUUGGUGGUGCGGCAGCAAAAAGAAAGGAUCAAAUGCCAGACGUGAGAGCCUGCAGUCUUGA